AUGUGCCUGCUAUCGAACCUAUUCACCCAAUUCCAGAACGCUAGAUUCCCCCCCACCGAACUAGGCCACAUGCACUUCCCCUGCACCGGGCACUUUGGCGACUACCGCCCCGAGAAAUACCGAGCCGCACUGACUGACCUCGCGCAGGGCAACUACACCCUGUGUCGACCGGGUCAUGUCCCCGCGAGUCUGGACGGAUGGGGAUGCAUGAUUCGCGUCAACGUUCGUACCGAUAAGCAUCUGCGGGUGCAGCUUGAAGAGGUGAAGUGCAAGGCUCGUGAUCAUUUGGAGUAUCUGUUGCAGCAUGCGCUCGACUAUCAACGGAGAAUGAGCGUUGUUUUUGCAGAGGAGCCGGUUGAUGGGAAUAUUGUAAUCACCUCUCCGGUGCUGGCUGGUCCGAGGUGUCUGAGAGAAUGUUGAGGUGGGGGGUU